AUGAAACCUGUACCAGGAUGUCAGGAUAUAAGUGAACUUGAAUGUCACAUCGGCGUUUUUGGAAAAAAUGAAUGGUACUAUGACGAAAUUGACAAAGGUGUUGUUGAAGUCACGGCGAGUAUUCUGGGUGAUACGAGUGAACCAAGUUUUGCAAAGCAGAACCUCCUAGUUGAAGCACUGAUGGGUCCAGUGGUUCUUCAGAUCAACUCAACGGGCACCAGCAGUAUAUCUGGAGAGAUUAUCUAUCCACUGACACCAUAUGUUAGACAAGACAACAAAGAACCAAUGAGAAUGAAUGAUGAUGACCUCAACCUCUAUGAGAUGAAAUCAUAUUUGUACCUGAGACUGAGAGGCGAUGACGUAAUUCAGGAUCAGCUGACACGGAGAAGUAGCGAGACCCUUUUCCAUUUCGAAGAUCUUCAGCCUGACACAAAGUACAUUAUAGAUACGCAUUGUAUGUAUGGUGGUACACCAAAAAAGGAAACGAAGACAACGACAAUAGAAGUGGAAACUAAUAGCGAGACUACACCAGGUUAGGCCUAUAAUAUGACAUUGAACCUGUGAAUGGCUUUUGUUGGGGCGUUUAUUCGAGGGAGACGUUUAUCCGAGGAAUAGUUUAUUUAUUUUGUUGUAAAAUGGAUACGAAUAUACUCAAAUAAACGCCCC